UCUCUACAGGUGUUGAGAAGGCCCAACCAUGGACAGUGAUAAGAGCAAACCAAUGUUCAGAGACACAGUCAGUAUUAUCCAUCUUAGAGAUACCAACCAGCAAGUAUUGAUCCUGCAGAAUAAUAUUCUCAUAGCAUCGCCACACAGUGACUACGUGACUCCUGUCACUUUUGCAUCACUGCCAUGCAGAGAUAUAGAAAACUUGGAGAAAGACAAAGGAACACCUAUUUAUCUGGGAAUACAUGGCAAAGAACUCUGUUUGUGCUGUGAAGAAAGUGGAGGGGAGCCCACCCUGAAGCUGAAGGAAAAAAAUUUAUGGAAACUGUAUCAGUCUAAGGAUGCAGAAAAACCUUUUGUCUUUUACCAAAAUCAGAAUGGUAGUACGUCAUCCUUGGAAUCAGCUGCAUAUCCUGGAUGGUUCAUAUGUACCUCAAGUGAAUUGAACAGACCCGUCAGAAUGACACAGCAAAGAGAGCCAAACUGCAAUACAUCCUUUUAUUUGUCAGAAUGAAAUGAAUCUGGGAUAUACAAUCUUGGUGGCAAAAGAACCUGACCUUACUCUACAGCAGGAAUUCUCAAUCUUUUUUUUUAAUGUCAUAGACGUCUUCAGCAUUCUGGCAAAGCUUGUGGAUACACAUGAAACAACCAUUCUCAGAAUCAUGUUUUUAAUUAAUAAAAUUCAAAAUUAUUUUUCUGUUUUUAUUUAUUUUUAUUGAA